AUGUCCGCCUUCACUGGGACGACUACAAAGUGCAAGUCUUGCGGGAAGACCGUGUACUUGAUGGAGCAGUUGAUAGCUGAUGGGGUCAUCUACCACAAGCAUUGUUUCCGGUGCUUUCAUUGCAAGGGCACUCUUAAGUUGAAUAGUUUCGCUUCGCUUGAAGGUGUUCUGUACUGUAAGCCGCACUUCGAUCAACUCUUUAAGAAGACUGGGUGCUACAACAAAAGCUUUGAAGAGGCCAUCAAGUCGGAGAAGGAGAAAACUGUGGCACCUGGGAGUGUGACAUCUACCACUGGCGUAUCGAGAUACGGAGGAGACAACAAGAGGGUCGUCAAUCCUUUGGCAGCGAGGUUCGGCGGGACACAGGAGAAGUGCGUAGUUUGCAGUAAGACAGUCUACCCCCUGGAAAAGGUCAGUGUCGAGAACUCCACGUACCACAACCAGUGUUUCAAAUGCGUCCACAGUGGAUGCAAGCUCACGACCUCGACUUACCAAGCACUGGGAGGAAAGCUGUACUGUAAGGCGCAUUUCCAACAGCUGUUCUUGAAGAAAGGCAAUUUCACAGAGUUGCAGCGUGAAACCGGCGACGGGGCAGAUGCUGGAUCACAAGCCGCAGCUGCGGUGUCAUCUGUGUCCAUAUCCAAGCCCUCAACUGCCUCACCUGCAAAAUCUGUGGCUGCUGCUGUUUCCGAACCUCCGUCCAGUUCAGUCGUGAAAGAGGAGGAAUCUUCACCCGCAAAGCCCGUGGCUGCAUCCUCUUCAGCACCUCCCCCAGCUGCUGCAACCUCAACGCCAUCCAAGCCAGUCGAAGAAAAGAAACCGCCUCCUCCAGCCGCAAAGGACGAUACCGACUCUGAUGAUGACAGUGACGAUGAUAGCGACGACUCAGAUGAUAGCGAUGACUCCGAUUCUGAUUGA